GAGGGAGACGAAAAAGUUGUAACACUAAACUUCAAGGAGCUGAGUGAAAACAAAUAAUAAGAUGUGUGAGGUGUCUGCAGACCCUGUCACCCUGGACAUGCUAAAAGAAGCGAGAGAGACGGUGAGGAGCAGCCCUCUGGGUGUCAUCAACACCCCCAUGAUCGCCUGGAGGCAGACCACCCUGCCUCUCAGCAUUGACUGCAACAUCCACAUCAAACUGGAAAACAUGCAGAGAACUGGGUCUUUUAAGAUCAGAGGAGUAGCCAAUCAGUUUGCCAGGAGACCGGCAGGUGGCCGUUUUGUCACCAUGUCUGCUGGAAACUACGGCAAGUCGUUUGCAUAUGCCUCAAAACACUUUGGGUCAAAGGGCAAAGUGGUGAUGCCUGAAACCGCCCCAGAGAACAAGUCCAUCUUUAUACAGAGUUUAGGGGUUGAGGUGGAGCGAGCUCCUACAUCCUGUCUGAUAAACGUGGUGAACCGUUGUGUUCAGGAGGACAACAUGACCUUCCUGCACUCCUUCGAUGACCUGGAUCUAAUUGCAGGGCAUGCCAGUCUAGGUAUGGAGGUGCUGGAAGUGAUGCCGGAGCCUGAUGUGGUGGUGGUGUGCUGCGGUGGAGGUGGGCUGCUGGCUGGAGUAGCUGCUGCCAUCAAACUGUCAGGUUGCAGUAAAACCAAGAUCUAUGGCGUGGAGCCAGAAGGAGCUUGCACAAUGUACAAAAGCUUAAUUGAGAAGAAGCCAGUAGAAAUGGACAGCAAGAGCAUCGCGUCAGGUCUUGCACCACCUUUUGCAGGCAGGCUGCCCUAUCAGCUGUGCCAACGUUACGUGGAGGGGAUCGUCCUCGUUAGCGAUGAGGAGAUCGAGGCUGCCGUGUCCACGCUCUACAGAUCCGGGCUGGUAGUGGAGCCAUCAGGCUCUGCUGCUUUUGCUGCCAUCGUUAACAACAAGAUCCCAGAGCUGGAGGGCAAGGAUGUUGUGUGCAUCCUCACCGGAGGGAAUAUCGGAAAAGCCGAGCUUGUGAAUUUUCAGGACUGACAAACUACAAAUCUGUGACUUCUUACAAAUCCGUGCCAGUAACUGUCUCAGAUAACAAUUUAGAAUAAACAUUGUUAA